CCUAGAGAAUCGGCCCGGCGGGCAGUUCUGAGCGAGCCUCUCCAAGGGUUUCCUCACCCUGCGCCCGCUCAGGGGACGCGUUGACCGAGAGGCUGCGGGGCACGCUGGGCUCGCCAUGUGCCCCGGGCCUUCGCCGAGGUUGCCCGCGGUGCUAUUGCUGCCACUCCUGCUGCUGCUCCAGGCCCAGGAGCCCUCCGAGGGCAAGGGCUGCAUAUGCAAAGGCAAAGGCCAGUGUUUCUGUGGAGGCAUCAAAGGCCAAAAGGGAGAACAAGGUUUGCCUGGACCUGGUGGUUUACCUGGCCAGAAAGGAUUUCCAGGUCCUGAAGGUCUGCCUGGACUCCAGGGGCCCAAGGGCUCUGCUGGACUUCCUGGACUCAAGGGUCCCAAAGGAACAAGGGGUAUAACUGGAUUGCCAGGAUUUUCUGGUCCUCCUGGACUUCCUGGCACCCCAGGUCAUCCUGGACCUUAUGGACUUCCUGGUUUGCCAGGGUGCAAUGGUUCCAAGGGUGAGCAAGGCUUUCCCGGAUUUCCAGGACUACCAGGCUACCCAGGGAUGCAGGGUGCUGUUGGUCUAAAAGGAGAAAAGGGUGAACCUGCUGAAAGCAAAGGUGUAGAAGGAGGUGGAAAGGGUGAUCCCGGAUUACCGGGAAUACCAGGAUCUCAGGGUUUGCCAGGCCUGCCAGGCUUUCCUGGACCUGUGGGCCCACCAGGUCCUCCGGGAUUGUUUGGCUUUCCAGGAGCCAUGGGACCUCCAGGACCUAAGGGUUACAUGGGUGAUAACGUGAUAGGACAGAAAGGAGAGAAGGGUGUUAAAGGAUUGAUGGGACCCCCAGGACCCCCAGGAACAGUUGUUGUGACACUGACUGGCACAGAUAACAGAACGGACCUGAAGGGGGAGAAGGGAGAUCGGGGUGCAGCAGGUGAACCAGGCCCUCCAGGACCCUCAGGUCCACGUGGAGAUUCUUAUGGGUCUGAAAAGGGUGAACGUGGGGAGUCCGGAGCACAGGGAAAACCUGGAAAAGAUGGCGCCCCUGGCUUCCCUGGAACCAAGGGAGCCAAAGGUGACCGGGGCUUUCCAGGGUUAGUCGGUAAAGAUGGCAUCAAGGGGUUGAAGGGAGACAUGGGCCCUCCGGGAUUUCCUGGUCCAACAGAAUAUUAUGAUACAUACCAUGCAAAAGGGGAUAAAGGAAUUCCAGGCCCACCAGGGCCCAAAGGAGCUCGUGGCCCACAAGGUCCCAGUGGUGCACCUGGAGCUCCAGGAAGUCCUGGGUUAUCUCUGCCUGGCCUCAGAGGAACUAUUGGGAUUCCAGGCAUGAAAGGAAGGAAAGGAGAGCAAGGACCCCCUGGAAGGGAUGCAGUGGGAUUGCCUGGGGCCCCAGGUUGUACUGGCUCACCAGGCCCUCCAGGGAGACCCGGACCUCCAGGACCUCCAGGUGAUGUUGUUUAUUGUAAAGGCCCUCUUGGAGAUCAGGGACAUCCAGGACAUAUAGGAGCCCAAGGAAUCCCAGGAGUUGAGGGACCCAAAGGGGAACCAGGCCUUCCAUGUAUACAAUGUCCUUGUGUCCAAGGGCCUCCGGGUCUCCCAGGAUUGCCGGGACUGGAUGGUGAAAAAGGACUCCCAGGAGGAGAAGGGGCAGCUGGGGGAAAAGGAAGCCAGGGGCCUCCAGGGAAUCCUGGUCUUCCUGGGUUUCCGGGGCUCCCGGGUGCUCAGGGUGAUGCUGGACAGAAAGGAGAGAAAGGUGAGAAGCCAAAACCAGAAGGAGAAGCUGGAGCUCCAGGUGAUUCUGGACUCAGAGGACCUCCUGGAAGAAAGGGCUUUGAUGGAAUCCCUGGAAUUCCAGGAGCAAAAGGAAUUCGAGGACUGAAAGGCGAGCCGGCACUGCAUGGUGUGAAGGGGGACCGGGGUCCUCCAGGGAAUCCUGGACUCCCUGGGUUUCCAGGACCUCCAGGACCAGCUGGACCAUCAGACUUUGGACCACAGGGAGAGACUGGUCCAAAGGGUGACCAAGGAGCUCCUGGAGCCCCUGGGCCACCUGGAGAAGCCGGUCCAAGGGGAGAAGAUGGCAUUUCAAUCCCAAUACCAGGCAUCCCAGGGCCUCCGGGACCUCCAGGCUGCCCUGGCCCCCCAGGUCCAUCUGGUGUUCCUGGAUCCCAAGGAAAAUGCAAUGAUCCGGGCCUUCCUGGACCAGAUGGUGAACCAGGAAUUCCAGGAAUCGGAUUUCCUGGGCCUCCUGGACCCAAGGGAGACCGUGGACUCCCAGGAUCAAGAGGACCCCCUGGUUGUCCUGGAGACAUGGGAAAACCAGGGUUUCCUGGGACGCCAGGAGCCACAGGAGCCAAGGGAGAACCCGGAUUGAGCAUGGUUGGAGAACCAGGAAAACCAGGGUUUCCAGGGCAAAGAGGUAGCCCUGGGGAAAAAGGAGACACUGGAUUCCCAGGACUUCCUGGUCACCCUGGAAAUGCAGGCACCAGAGGACUGGAUGGGCCACAAGGGGAUCCAGGGCAUCUUGGACCACCUGGAGAAAAAGGCCCUCCAGGAAAGUGCGAAGAAGGGCCACAGGGACCUCCAGGACAUCCAGGCUUAAAAGGAUUGAAAGGGCAGCAAGGCAGAAGAGGUGUGCCUGGGCCAAAGGGAGAUCCAGGCAUUCCAGGUUUGGAUAGAUCUGGAUUUCCUGGAGAACCUGGACCCCCAGGAAUACCAGGUCAACGAGGUGAGAUGGGGCCGCCUGGUCAGAAAGGAUGUCCAGGAACAUCAGGAGUUCUAGGACCACCAGGAGAAAAAGGAAUGAUUGGGAUGAUGGGCUAUCCUGGAAACAUAGGUCCUCCAGGACUUGCUGGGGACCCAGGCAUACCAGGAGAGAGAGGAAGCCUUGGAAUUCCAGGAACAAAGGGUAAAAGAGGACCCCCAGGAGACAGAGGGGAUGAAGGAGAGAAAGGCGCUGCUGGGCCAUCUCAGACAACCCACUUAGCAGGGGAAAAGGGGGAACCCGGUCUCAAAGGGAUGGCAGGAAUGCCAGGUGAGAAGGGAAACAGAGGCCUCCCAGGACUGCCAGGAUUCCAAGGCCUGCCUGGACCACCUGGUUCUCCAGGAUCACCAGGCCCCAGAGGAGAUCCAGGCAGCUUUGGGGAUCCUGGGGAACCAGGCCCACGUGGAGAUCCAGGAAGCAUGGGGUUCAUGGGAGUGCCAGGUCUUAAGGGAAAAAAGGGAGCUUUGGGCCCCCCUGGUUUAACUGGAAGACCAGGAAUCCCAGGUGUUCGUGGUCCCCAAGGGAAUAAGGGAGAGCCCGGUUAUUCAGAAGGUACAAGGCCAGGACCACCAGGACCACAGGGAGAUCCAGGAUUACCAGGUGAUAAGGGAAAGAAAGGAGAAAGAGGGCUACCUGGCGCACCUGGAUAUUGGGGGCCUGCUGGACCAGAUGGCAUCCCUGGAAGUCCUGGAAGUCCUGGUGAGCCAGGAAUGCCAGGUCCCAAAGGUGAUUUGGGUCAUAAAGGAAUCAAAGGUUAUGCAGGCUUUCCAGGAGUUAAAGGCCUUCCAGGUCCUCCAGGGUUCCCAGGUCAUCCUGGGCAAGUAGGUAUGAAAGGUGAACAAGGAUGUGAUGGAAUUCCUGGUCCAGCAGGGGAAAAGGGAGAAUCAGGUUUACUGGGAACACUUCCAGGCCCAAGAGGAAAACCUGGCCUUCCAGGAGCCAAAGGAAACAGGGGAGCCCCUGGAUUUCCAGGUCUCCCUGGCCGGAAAGGAGCAGUGGGAGAUGUUGGGCCACCAGGACCCACAGGCAUGGCAGGACCUCAAGGACCCCCAGGUUCACCUGGUGUGAUCAUCCCAGGCCUCAAAGGAAAUCAAGGUCCCCCAGGCCUAAGAGGAAAUCCAGGUGAGCCUGGUCCCCCUGGACUUCCAGGAAGCCCUGCCAAAGGAAUAAAAGGUGACAAAGGGUGUAUUGGCCAGCCUGGUCCAAGUGGUCCACCUGGAGCUGUAGGAGACAUGGGGCCACGUGGCUAUCCGGGUAUACCAGGUCCCCAGGGUCUUCCAGGGCACAGAGGUUAUCCUGGGUUCCAUGGAUUUCCAGGCAUGAAAGGCGAAAAGGGUGAUCCAGGAUUUUUGGGACCAAAAGGACCUCCAGGACGAAUUGGACCAAAAGGAAAACCUGGUGCACGUGGAGACUUUGGGACAGUGAAAAUCAUCUCCCUUCCAGGAAGCCCAGGGCCACCUGGUGCUAUAGGACCACCAGGAAUGCAAGGAGAACCAGGCCUACCAGGGCCGCCAGGAAACCCAGGACCUUGUGGGCCAAGAGGUAAACCAGGUCAGGAUGGAAGACCAGGAAGACCUGGCCCAGAUGGAGUUAAAGGCCACAAAGGUUGCAAAGGACAGCAAGGUCUGCCUGGAUUCAAUGGACCACCAGGCUUAAAGGGGAAGCCUGGAGAGCCUGGAGUACCCAGAACGGGACCCAUCAGGAGAGGUUUUCUUCUCACUCGUCACAGUCAGACCACAGCAAUCCCUUCCUGUCCCAUAGGCACAGAACCACUCUAUACUGGGUUUUCUCUUCUUUCCGUGCAAGGAAACGAGCGAGCUCAUGGACAAGACCUGGGGAGCCUUGGCAGUUGCCUGCAGCGAUUCACCCCAAUGCCUUUCUUAUUCUGCAACAUCAAUGAUGUGUGUAAUUUCGCAUCUCGAAAUGAUUAUUCAUACUGGCUUUCUACACCAGCACUGAUGCCAAAGGACAUGGCUCCAAUCACGGGCAGGGCCCUGGAACCUUAUAUUAGCAGAUGCAUCGUCUGUGAGGGCUCUACAGUGGCCAUUGCUGUCCACAGCCAGACAACUAAUGUCCCCCCAUGUCCACAGGGCUGGGUUUCUCUUUGGAAAGGAUUUUCUUUCAUCAUGUUCACAAGUGCAGGAUCUGAGGGUAGUGGACAAGCAUUGGCAUCCCCAGGAUCCUGCAUGGAAGAAUUCCGAGCCAGUCCAUUCAUAGAAUGCCAUGGAAGAGGGACAUGCAACUACUAUUCUAACUCCUACAGCUUCUGGUUGGCUUCGUUAAAUUCUAAAAGAAUGUUCAGAAAGCCUAUUCCAUCAACUGUGAAAGCUGGAGAACUAGAAAAUGUAAUCAGUCGCUGUCAGGUGUGCAUGAAGAGAAGAAACUGAAGAAAGAAUAGAAAAUAGAAUAAUUUUUAUACUAAAUCAUCACUAGAAGAGGAAGGACAAGCAUUUGUUUAGUCAUUUGUCUCUAAGCAAACCAUGAUGCCCUAUGGUUUCUAUUUAUUUUUCCCUCACAACAAAGAGAGGAAAAA